CAAUCUGCCCACCACUCAACAGCACAAUGGCCGGGGUAAAAGAGAAGAAGCACACCAAGGGUGUGAAGCGCGAACUGAAUGGCGAUUCUGAUUCAAAGAAAAAUGCCAGCCAACGGCCUGCGAAGAAGGCAAAGCUACUCGAUAAUACCGACGACGAAGAUUCGGGUGCAGACGAGGGCGGCGUGUCACUCAAGAUCAACGAGGACUACGCCCGCCGAUUCGAGCACAACAAGAAGCGCGAGGAGCAGCACCGACUCGAGGACAAGUACGGCAAGGGCAAAGCGCGGCAGCCCGGCGACGACGACUCAGAAGACUCGGAAGAAGGCAUAGAGGAGGACGACGCAGCCGAACUACUUGAUGAAGACCUCGACGACCAAGUCAAUGCUACCCUACAAGCUCUCCGCUCCAAGGAUCCCCGCAUCUACAACAAGGAAGCCAAAUUCUACCGCGAACUCGAAGCAGACGGCGAUGGCAAUGACACAAACGGGGCCGAGAAGGAGAAGUCGAUGACACUAAAACAAUAUCACACCAAGAACUUGCUCGAGGGCAAGUUCACGGGUGAAGAGGACGAGGACGAGGAUGCGCCGCCCAAGACCUACGCGCAGGAGCAAGAAGAGGUCCGGGCGAACCUCGUUAAAGAGUUACACGCUGCUGCAGAUGAAGAUGACGACGACUUUCUAGUUGCCAAAGAGAAGCCUGCUGCGUCGAAAACGGAACGAGUGAAGAUUACAGUCGAGGACGUCGAGAAGGCCGCCCAUGACCCCGAGACUUUCUUGUCCAACUUCAUGGCCUCUCGCGCCUGGGUACCAACGGAAGCCGCCCGCUUCCAACCGCUGGAGUCUGACGAUGACGAGCAAGACGCUGCUGCCGACGAAUGGGAGCAUUCAUAUAAUCUCUACUUCGAAGAUACAGCUGGCGCCAACGAGAAGAUAAUGACGUACGCUCGUGAUGCUGUCGCUAGCACUACCGUCCGUCGCGAUGAUGCAAGCGGAAGGCGAAAGGCCCGCGAGAUGGCUAGGGCGAAGCGAGAGGCGGAGAGGCGAGAGAAAGAGCAGGAUCUGGCUCGUCUUCGGAAGCUCAAGGUCGACGAUUUGGAGCAGAAGGUUAUGCAGAUCCGCAAGAUAGGAGGCCUGAGUGGCAGAGACUUCAAGAUAGAGGAGUGGAGAGACGUGCUGGAGGGCGACUGGUCAGAUGAAAAGUGGGACGCCGAGAUGCAAAAGCGCUUCGGUGAUGCUUAUUAUGGCGAGGGCGAUGCAGAUUACCCAGACAGCGAUGAUGGUGGGAAAAAGAAAAGCAAGAAGCCGAAGAAGCCCAAAUUCGACGACGACAUUGACAUCAAAGACCUUGUCCCCAAUUUCAAGGAUGAUGAGGAAGAGAAGCCAGCAAUCAGUAUGUCAUCCGAUGAAGAGGAUGCAGACGUGGAGGCAGGGGAGGAGACGAAAGCCUCCAAGUCGUCCAAGAAGCGCAAACAAGAACGAGCAGACGCCAAAAGCGCUGCUCGCCGUGACCGUCGUCUGAUCGAGAAUCUGGUCAACGAGAACCUCGAAUACGAAGCAGCACUCGCCUCAAAAGCCAAAACGCCCACACGCUUCCGCUACCGCGAAACAUCGCCCACUACCUUUGGACUUACAGCCCGCGAUAUUCUCCUCGCUGAUGAUAAGGCGUUGAAUGAGUUUGCUGGUCUGAAGAAGCUUGCUGCGUUCCGAGAUCCUAUCAAGAAGAAGAAGGACAAGAAAUACUUGAGCAAGAAGGCGAGGUUGAGGCAAUGGAGACAGGAGACGUUUGGCGAUCCCGAGGGGCCCAAAGGUGGCUUCGAAAGCAUAGUGGGUGACGAGGGUGGUGUUGCGGCGACGGAGAAUACUAGCAAUGUUGUGGAAGGGGACGGCAAGAGGAAGAAGAAGCGGAGUAGGAAGAGGAAGGAGGGCGCUGCCGAGGUUUGAAAAGGCUGUGAUGUUUGUUACAAGGUGUGGUG